UUCCAUCCAAAUAUUUCUCAUUUAAGAUUUAAAUUAUUGUUAAACUAUUUGAAAAUUUGGUUUUAUUUAUGUUCAUUAGUUAUUGUUGUUUUUUCGAUUUAUUGGGGUGCUUUAUAUGAUCGUGAAUCUCAUUUAAAGAACUUAACAAGUUUAGUCAUUGUGGAGGAUACAAGAGUUGGUGAUAUUGAUGGAUUAAUUGGACAAGAAUUGACUAAUUUGAUGCGCAGUGCUCAAUUUAAUUCAAGAGCCGGUUGGAGAAUUUAUCAAGGUGAUGAAAUUUAUCAAGAUGGUUUAUUUACAAGAGGUGAAAAUAUAAGUGAAAAAUUAUUGGAAAAAGUUCAUCAUAGAAAAUAUUGGAGUGCUGUUCAUAUUUAUCCAAAUGCAACUUAUAAUCAAUAUCAAUCUUAUAAGAAUGCACAAGUUGAUAAAAGACCAGCAGUGGAAUUUAUUUAUGAAUCUGCAAGAGAUAUAACAAAUAUGAAACCUUAUGUUGUUACACCUUUCCAACAAUUGGAGGAAGCGUUCCAAUCAAAUUAUGCACCUGUUGCUCAACAAUUGAUUUCAAAUUUAACUCAAGAUGAAAAAUUGAAUUUAAUUAAUAGUGAAUCAAUUACCACACCACCAAAUUUCAUAUUCAAUGAUUAUCGUCCAUAUACAAACAACACAUUAUUAGCUCCAUUACAGGUUGGAUUAAUUUAUUUAAUCAUUAUUUCAUUUUUCCUUUUCAACUUCUUUGUGGAGACUCACAAGAUUUUAUUACCACAUUUGAAAAUGCCUCAAUAUAUUCUUUAUAGAUUUUUGGGAAAUCAGCUCAGUUAUCUGGUCUUGUCAUUAUUCAUUGGUGCAGUUUCAGCAAUUUUCCAAAUUGAUUUCACAGUGGCAUUUGGUAAAGCUGGGUUUGUUGUUUAUUGGUUUUCAACUUAUUUAACAAUGUCUGCAGUUGGUGGUGCUAGUGAAAAUAUGGCAAUGUUGAUUUUUACAUAUAACCCACCAUUUGUUGGAUUUUGGUUAAUUUCAUGGGUUAUUUUGAAUGUUUCACCAAGUUUUAGUCCAAUGGCUUUAACUAGUCAUUUUUAUAGAUAUGGUUAUAUGAUGCCAAUUCAUUCUUCAAAUGAAAUUACAAAAGUUAUAUUUUUGGAUAUAUGGAAGGGACAAUUGGGUUUAUAUUAUGGGUUAUUAGUUGUUUGGGUUGUUGUUAAUGCACUUUUGAAUCCAUUGGUGUUGAAACACUGUGGUAAGAUAAUGGCUAAAAGGGCACAAGCUGCUGCUGCUGCUGCCAAAUAG